AUGCAAAUACCACAACCACUAUUCAUUAUUCUCUCAUCCCCUACACAAAAGAAUAAACCAAUCAUCAUCAAACAAGAAUCCGAUGAAAUUGAUCUACGAAAAUUCAUACAAAAACCCAUGAUUAAGGGCACUGGAAGACUUUUAACUGGAGUUGGAUGUACCUCAACUCCCCGAAAGAGUAAAAUACACUAUGAUCAAAGGCGUUUAUUGGAUCAAUUGAUGACAUCAUCACCCUCACCAUCUCCCCUCGCUUUAGACAAUAAAAUUGUGAAAAUAGAAAAGAAAAUUACACCGCCAGAUGUUAGUAUUAUAGAAACUCCUCUGACGGCUUUAGACAGACGUAACUCGGUAAACAAAGCACAGGCACACAAAACCAAUAACAAACGUAUGGAAGCUAUAGCUGGAGGUCUAAGACGCAGUAGGCGCAAUUCUUCCAUGUUUGGACGCCGGCUAUCGAGACGUAUGCAUGAGAUUUGUACACCCACAAGUGAGGAUACUACCUCAUCGGCUUUGUCUACACCGGCCGUAGUAAAGGAUAAAAACAAGAGGCCAUUGGUGGUUAGUAGCACGGCAACUACUUCGGGGGGCAUAAGUAAAUCCUCAUUCUUGCAAAGACGUUAUCGCAAAAAACCCAAACGGGAAAAGGGUUCCCGUCCUUCUUUGUAUUUGAGGGGAAAUAUAUUUGCCAAGUACCGUACACCCAAUAAAGGUGCUCAACACGACUUGAAUCGCUAUAAAUCAAGAAAACAACGUCUAGAUCACUUCAACCUAGGAAGAAAUUUAAAAUCCUUCAAAGUGGAACCUCAAGAAGAGGAAAUUGAUAAAACUUUAAGUUCUAAAGCUAUAAAGAACAUUACCUAUGAUUUGAAAAAUAAUAAUUAUUCCACCUACAAUCACAAUAAAGUCCUCGGAGAGACUGUAGUGAUAGCAAAAUGCCAACCCAAGGCUCGGGAAUAUCGGGAAGAAACAUUUACUUUUGGUGAAGAACAAUUCGAGAUACAGGAUAACGAUGAUUUGGACUAUAUGGAGGACUAUGAAUCGGAGGAAGAGUAUGACGAUGAAACAGGUGGAGAUGAUGGCGACGAGGAGGAGGACGAAGAAGAAGAGGAAAUUGAACACACAGAUGUGAAAUAUGAUAUUCCCAUUAAACAAGAAUAUUGUAAACAUGAUUUGAUAACCUCUCAGGAUUUAGAAGAUUUCGAUCGUUUUAUAGCCAACACUAAUGAUGAACCGAAAAAGGAAAAACACGAUGACGACUAUUCGUCUCAGGGCAGUUCGAAACAUUUCGAAAAAAUCUUAGUAGAAACUGAAUCGAAUGCACCGUUUGAAGUUAAACACAUACACUUUAAUGUCACUAAAACUUCUCGUUCCACUAGAUCCACAAAUUCUCGUCGUUCUUCCUGUGCCUCUACGCAUAGUCAUUCCUCACACUCCUCUCAUUCGCAUUCUCUCACGCACUCGCAUCAUGAGCAUGAUCAUACCAACCUAUCAACCGCAACACCACAUCAUUCACCCAAUAAUCCCACAUGUCAAUUGUCACGCACCAUUUAUGGUGGCACUGUCAUCUACAAUCAUCGUUUACCCAAUAUCAACACCACCUAUGUGCGCAAAUCUUCGAUUUAUGUUAAAAAUCGCAAGCGUUCAUCCCACCAUCAUCAACACAGGGAUUCAACGUCUAGCAAUGAUGUUGUUUUGAUUACCAAUCAAACUAUAACUUUUGUGGACAUCAUGCGUAUGUGGUCCCAAAUGGACAGUUCAACACGCUUAAUUGUUAGUUUUGCUAUUUUAGCUUCAUUUACCAGUCUACUCGGUAUAUUUGUUUCGUUUUGUUCGCGGCGUUAAAAGAUUUUGAUG